UCCACCUCUCGCAACUGCGCGAGAACAUGAUGAAGCUCAUCUUCCACCAGAAAACAUAAUACACGAUAAAGUACAACAAGAACUAGACGGGAACAACAAGAGAAAAGAGUCCAACUCCGCGCCCUCACGUCUACAGCGAAGCAAAAGUCUUUUGUUGAUUCUUUCCAACAGCCACGAGAAAAAGAAAUUGGAACAAAAGAAAAACCUCGAGCAACUAGAUUAUGAAAGUCCAUAAGAAGCUAGAGCUCCUCCCUGUCCACCCUCGUCUCCCGCUUAUUUGUACUAUGGUAUGAAGAGUAAUACAAACACCAACACAGGCGGAUGUUGUGCGUGACAACUUCAUGCCCUGAGUGUAGUGCAACUGUUUAGGCUUGUUCCAACAUUUGUGAUGCAGACAGUGGCUCAGGGCAUCAAGAUCAACUGGGUUUGAUAUUUUGCAUGAAAAAUGAGGGAGAGGGGGACGAGUUGUGCUUGUGCACUUUCAUAAAAAUGCGGCGGAAUCGCGAAGAUCGACUCAAGCGUCACACCAGGAAAAUCUGAAGGAAUAUGGGAGUGCGCAACUCGUCCUGCCCCCCCCCUCAUUUGUCAUGGAAAAUGCCAAAUCCGCUACUUGUCUGUCACUUGGCAGCACUAUUCACAUGACAAGUUCUUUCGGGCCCCAAAACAGCACUACAGUCUACUUGUGUAGUGAGUUUGUCACUCAUGCAAAACUUCUACCUGCAUUCUUGCCGAUCAUGCUGGAUCAAGGCCCUAUGAAUGACGGAGAAGGGGAGUUCGAGUUGUACGCUCUUAUAGAAAAACUUCAAUAAGCAGUAGCGAGCAAAAGUCAACUAUCCCACGAAAAAACUGUUUCACUGUGAUGGUUUUGCAAGAUCCGCAUUAAAAGUUUGGUACACAUGACACAGAAAACUUGCCAUGCGCGCAUCCCAAGGGAAAACACGCUUAAAAAUCCAAUGCGUUGGAGGUGUAGCAAGACAAAUAGUUCUGCGCUUCAUUUCAUGCAUCACAAGCUCACAAUGAAAUUGUUACAGUUUUUUCUUGCGAUAUCAACAGGAGGACUAGCAGAGCAUCAGGAAGCGGUGUCGGGUAAAGCUAAAGAAUAUCAAAUGCAAAUAUGUCUGGGUCUGGAAGAUCAAGAUUCUGAACUUGUGAUGCUGUCUCUGGAUUCAAAACAAAUUUGUAUUGCAUGACCAGCAAGAGGACUCCAGUUUGUGCGAAGCGGAGAGGGCAUUUCUCAUGCGGAAUAGGCAUUAGCAAGUUGUCUAAAAAUCUGUGAUGCUAGGGCAUGCAUUGCAGACAUUUAUGGGCCAUGCAAAAUAUGCAUGACAAGCCUGGCAAUCUUCUAGAUCCAGACCCACACACUUCUGCACUUGAUAAAGAAGAGCAAAGAGCAAGAACGAAGACGAACGAGAGGUCAGGGACAGGCUCGUCGAUCUUGAUUCCCCCAACAUAUCAAAUGCAAAGAUGUCUGGGUCAGAGUCUGGAAGAUUGCUACAUUUGUCAUGCUUGUCUGACAUGACUCAAGAAUCUGUGAUGCAUGGGCACGCAGAGGUCCCCUUACCUGUCAUGCAAAAACGCAGUUUGCCAUGCGGGACACGCAACACACAGGGCUCAAAAAUGUGUCAACGUGCUUGGCUUCGUAUUGCGGUGGAACUACUCGCAUUCACUUUUAGCAUCAAGACCCAAAGAACAUUUUUGCAGUUGAUACAAAAGCACUGAAAGCAACGCAGAGUAGCGGAGGAGACGCUGAGGCAGCUUCCGCGCCACUGGCCUACGUAGCGGGAGGCCCCACGGGAUGGCCAAAUUUGUGCACGCAGACCGACAGCACAGGUGCAGGCGGCGUGUGGCGAUUGGAGUUUGCCGAUGGGAAAAAGCAUUCGAUUGACCGUAUGGAGAUUUGGAACCGUGACGACGAGGGAUUCCGAGAAGAACUGCCGAAUGGCUACGUAGUCCUGGAUCCAGAUUACGUCGAUCACGAUAUCCUGUGUAGAAACGUCGCCACCCCUGAGGGCAGAAGUCCCCAGCCCCUGCACGUACGCGCAUCGCAAUAGCUAUCUUAUAAUGUUGUUAAACAGUGGCCGCAUAAAAUAUGCUCCUCUACUUCUCGUUGUAGUUUGUUCUCCUCCCCUUUCCUUUGUGAAAAUUUGAAGUUUCUCUGCGUUUUAAGUUGGUCUUUUCCAGUACAUAAACACCCCAGAGUUGUAUUAAUCUCUUGUCUACUAAGUAGAUUAACUUUUCCAGUACAUGAAACACCCCAAAGUUGUCACGCAGAUUUGCAAUUGCAGGAACAUUUGUAAAAAUGCGCAUCCCCAUGAUAUCGAUAUCCAAAUUCAAUUCCAUUCAUGUUUUGGAACUUGUAUACAAAUGCGGUAAUCAGGUGGAUAAGCAGGUUGAUUUCGAUUGGUAAAAAUGCGGCUGUCCUUGUUGCUAACCUCUACUAGUACAUUACGGAGCGCAGAACUUGUCUUGCGUGGCCCCCGAAACUUCUCGGUUUGUGUUGCAAAGUCCCCAGCUUGUUGUUGACUAUGAGGUGGGGCCGUUUUUACUCAGGACACACGAUAACUUCAGCAAGGCGGAUGUGUUGCUGGCCGUUGCCGACGCGACCUCUGCGGUCAAGCUAGCUUCGGACAUACCUGUAGGUGGCAUGGACGGUUCUAAUGCGAUAGGAGGGCACGAAGUGACUCUGAGCCUGCUUACAUCCAAGCGGCCGUUCCGGUACUUGUACAUAGUUGGUCCCCCGAACAAGAACACCUUGAGCAUAUGCGGCGUAAACUUCUACGCCAGUACUGAUUGGUGGACGACAGAUGAUGGCGCUGCCGGGAGUGGGCACCAAGCUGGUAGUGGAGGAACGCCAGCACUCAACUACAAACUGUAUGAGGACUGUGUGAUCCAGCCAGAAACGACAUGCGAGGCGCCGCGGCUGCAGGCAUCGCCCGGCACGGAGGGCGGCAAUCUCGUUGGUGGGCUGAAAACUUUCCACGAAUGCCUCGGGUUUUGUGCCGACGUCGCCGAUAUGGACUGCAAUUAUGUCGGGGUCUGGAAGGUUCUUGCAACUUGUCAUGCUAAACCCGAUUGCUGCGAAAAUCUGUGCUGCAUGAGUGCCCCGACCGAAGUGGUAGGCGCUAGGGUGAACUAUGUAUGUAGCGCUUAGGGCCCUUCCGUGCGGCCAUAUGUAUGUCCCGCAACGGGGAUCGCCUAUGUCGGUCAUUUAUAUGCAAGGCGAUGGGUCACCCGGUCGGCAGAGCCGAUCCAUACGAACGAACGAUGAGUGCCAAAAGCUGUCCACUUUGACUUUCGACCAAGUUGGGCGAGUGUUUCUCAUGCGGGAUAGGCAUGGCAGAGACAUCACAUACUCUGUCAUGCUAGGUGCGGCAUUCCAGACCUCAGGGGGCAUGGAAAACCACCUGCAUGACAAGUUUAGACUCUUCCAGACCCAGACACUUUUGCAAUCCAUAGCCGAGUGCAGCGGUAUGACGUAUUACACGGGCAAGGACGUGAAGCAGGACAACUGUGGGCUGCACGUAUGCAUUCUUGCAAAAGUACUAUUGUACUCGCAGUAGGUGUAGUUGUAUUCGUAGGCAUGGUGCGUGACAAAUCCAAUUCUUAAGGUAAUGAUGUUAAACCAGCAUAAUUACAAAUUUUGUUUUCAACAUGCUGAGGAAAUUCGUCAUGCGAUUACGAUUUCUAUAUAGAAGUGCGAAGAUACUUCUGCAAAAAUGCAUAGCACGGGGGAGGUGACACCGACUGGCGCACCUCGUCGAGCCCGGCGGCCGGGCCCAGCUAUCGGAACAUUCGUAUCAAAUGUAAAAAUGUCUGGGUCUGGAAACUUGUAAUGCUGCGUUGGGAAUAGUGAAUGCUCUGUAAUGCGCAGGCAAGCAUGAGAAAUAAAUAUCUGCGCUUCUUUGUGUUGCGUUUUUCGCAUGACAAACUGCGUUUUUGCAUCACAGGCAAAAGGGUCUCUUCUUCGACACGCAUCACAAACUUUUUGGUCAUGCCAGACAAGCAUGACAAAUCUCGCAAUCUUCCAGACCCAGACAUUUUUGCAAUUCAGAAUUCGAUAUGCAUUGCAAAAGCUGUAAAUACACUUGCGUAGUAGUGAUUGCAUCAGGAAUAAUAAUAAAACUCAGAGUUUUAUUUGAAUAUGUUCGUUCAGGAUCAUCUUGACAAAUUUGUAAAUGCGGAGCUCUUGUUGUUGUUACAUCAAGAAGAAAGGGCGAGGACUGCGCCGGUACUACUACCUUUGCGCAGGAUAUUCGAAUUCCAAAGGCCAAUCUUGCUGCUGCCCAGAUAAACACGGCGGAAGCUGCGGGAUCGUCAAACACGGCGGAGAUAUGGAAGUGUCAGGAUUGAAGUCGACAAAGUUGAAAUAACUUGCAAUGCAUAAAAUGGAUGAAAGUUGUGAGUGUGACCCAGUUUCCAAGUGGCGCAUGACAAAUUUGGAUAGAGCCGAAACCCAGUCUGUCAUGCUGUUUGGGUAAGGAAGGCGCCCUUUGUGAUGCUACUUUAGCAGCUCAGUUUCUGCCCCUCAACAGACUUACAAUCUGCCUCACUUGCCUACUCUCCAAGAGAGGCACUGUGUGGGCUGCAUUUUAUGCAUGGCAAACUAUUAUUUCAACAUUGACGAUUUCAAUCCUGACGUUUCCAUAGGAGAAAGUCCUCGAGUAUGAAAUCGGAAUGUCGACGGAGUACACAGUAUGAAAUGUAAAAGUGUCUGGGUCUGGAAGAUUGCCAGGCUUGUCAUGCAUGUUUUGCAUCAUGACCAAUAACGCCUGUGAUGCAUGCCCUAGCAUCCCAGAUUUUUAGAAGGCUUCCUGAUGCUUAUUCCGCAUGACAGAAGCCCUCCCCGUGUAGCACAAAUAACUGGAGUCCUUUUGCUAGUCAUGCAACACAGAUUUUUUUGGAAUCCAGAGACAGCAUCACAAGUUACCACCUUCCAGACCCAGACACUUUUACUACAUUUGAUACACAGCCGAAGAUCACUUGACCUGCGUUUUUACGCAAGAAACUAGUGAUAUGGGAGCGUCAGGUUUGAAAUCGUCAAAGUUGAAAUAAUUUGUAAUGCAUAAAAUGCAUGGCCCGAGGUGCGUGUGUUGCAGAGCAGGCAAGUGGGGCCGAUUGUGAGUCUGUUUGGGGUUAGAGAUCGAGCUGCUAAAGUAGCAUGAGACAAUCAGUCUUCUUUGCCUAAACAGCAUGACAAACUGGAUUCAGGGACCACCAAAAUUUGUCAUGCGCCACUUGAAAACUGGGUUCCAACUGGCAUCCAUUUUAUGCAUGACAAAUCAUUUCAACUUUGACGAUUUCAAUCCUGGCGCUUCCAUAAGUGAUGGCGUCAGCACGCUGAACUGGUGGCGGGUUGAGGCAAAGCCUGACGAUAGCGGCGCGGUGUAUCUUGAUUAAAAACGUCCCCACACCAGGGUCAAGAUGGGAAAUCUCCUAGACAAAUCAGCCAGCCUUGGUUGUCUGGCAUGACAAAUCUGUCCUCGUAGUGUAAUCCUGUUUAGCUAGUUCACAAGCAUCACAGAUCAAGCAUAGCGUGCUGAUUCUAGCAUCACAAAUUCCAAAACACGAAUGGGCAAUGCUUCUCAUAGGGCUCCGCAUGAGAAACUUUUUUGGCGUGCAGAAUUGCAUGACAGACAACUCUGGGGUGGGGACGUUUUUACUCAGAAUACGGUGAACCCGUUACAUAUCUCCCAAUUGCGCCUGGUCAACAGCGAAGUUGUCCCGGCAUCUGGCUGGUCAACACAGGGUCUGAACAACGGCGUAAUUUGGCUGGAUCCACCUAUGCCAGAAGAUGUCAACGAGGAGGAAGAGUCCGAUUACGCGAAGAUCGGUCUGCGACUGUAUUCGCUGCUCCAAAACCCCAAAAACUUCAACCUCGUGGAGCACCGGGACUACUUCUACUGAGUGGAAAAUUUCACAAAUACAAAUAUCUGCAAAAAUUGGCCUUUAGAGGGUUCAGGGCUGCUGGGAGGGGGUCCAGGGUCUGCGAAACGCAACGCCGGCGAGUCGAACAGCAGCACAGCAACAGUGCGCGGCGUUCUUCUGUCCGGCAAGGUCCGGAGGGUUUGGCGUCGCUGGAGGCCAUACCGGACGACCACGAGCAUGCAUGUACUUCAACAACAAAAUCAGAAGGCUGCUUCCUUUCCUUUUCGUCGAAUCCGCCGAUGCGGUUUGUCGUUUAGCUCGUGAUUGGAGCAAAAAAACGCUAUUCCCACUUGGUAACUUUCCACAAAUGAACAGACCCGACCCCUCCGGAGACCCCAAGAUCUGGGGCCCUUCGGAACAACCAAACUCCCAAUUCCCGCUUGGUAACUUUCCACAAAUGAAAAGGCAGGGGGGUCCGGCGACCCCUGCCGGAGAGGUCGCCCGCGAGCAUUUUUCUGCGUCAUUUUGAUGCGAUUUUCCCCUUUCGGCGAUUCGCCGCGACCUAUUACUGCCUCCGCAUGCGCCGCAUGGCGCCGGAGUUCCGGGCACCAUGGCGCGGCCCCAAGAGCCCUAGUGCCGCCCUGCUAGGCGGCCCGCGCUGGUGCGACUUUGGUCGGGUUAAAUGGCGACCGCCUGAGAUGAAUGCUCUGGCGCCCCUCCCAAGGAUGCCCGACAGGGCCUGAAUUGCUGAAAAGCAUAAAACUGGGCGCCUGCUUCUCUGCAGUUUUGUCCUUUAAACAUCAACUUUUGCAGAUCUUUGUAUUUGUGAAAUUUUCCCCUUAGUAACUUCAAGUUCGGCACUAUUCCCGCGAACGGCCACGCAAGCCUUCCCAUUUCUCUGGACCAGGGGGCGAUGGCAGCGAAGCAGCCCGUGAAGCGUGUGUACGUGACGCAUGGGACCAGUAAUGAAGCUAAAGCAUUGCAAAUCUGCGGGGUGCAACUGUUUGGGCCCGCCGAGACGCUGGACCCCUUGGCUCGGGUUCCACUGGACUUGCUCGGCGCAUCGCAGUCCAGUGUUGCCGGCGGAAACACCGCGCUACACGGACCCAAAAAACCCCUAAAUUACACGCUGGGCGACGACACGUCGUCGUCCUGCAUGAAGACCGAGUAUUCCAGCGCUACUGGUGAAAAGCCGGAGAAUGGGCUCAACUGGUGGCGAGUCGAGUUCCAAGAUAGAAAAAAGCACUACGUCUCUCGCCUUCACCUCUUCAAUCAGCCCGCAACCGAAGGCGACGCUGGACUGAGUAUGGGGUUCUCAAACGACGUUACAUUCUCAAGUGUUUACACGAUUUGUCAUGCAAAAUGACCAUGAGCCACCAGACGGCUUUUUUUUGUAUGAUGAGGUCGCCGAAAGUGCUUCCUCGCCCACCCCCCGGAAAAGCGAUCCUUGACCUGUGGCGCUGGGUCGUGCGGGUGUCCCCUACAUGAUGACGAUGAAGCUGCCUCGCAUGACAAAGGCUCGGAGGCCUAAUCCUAAAUAGCACUAGAACCGCCCGCGCCAAAUCUGUAAUGCAAGACGCGCAAGGCUCUCGUCUCCCUCUCAGUCUCACCUGUGCUAUUCUUGCAUUACAAAUUCAUGCAACAGUUGAGAGUGUAACGCUAAGGAGCGCCAUACCAAACGGCGGCACCGUCUGGUAUCCUGUGCAAAAGUAUCGUACUCGUAGUAAUCGCAGCCAUGCAUUACAAAUCUCCAUCCCAAGGCAAAACAGCAUGACAAAUUCCAUUCGUCAUGCUGAGCUAUUGCAAUUACUACUAGUACGAUACUUUUGCAGUUCAUAUCUGGCUCGACCCGCCGAUCCAGGCGGACGAAUCCAUAUCAUAUGCAAGAGAAAAAAAACUGUGUAUUAAGUGUAAAUCUGUAAUGCACAACAUGCAACAGACUUACACCUGUCAUGCGAGACACCCAUGCAGUUCUCUUUUCAUGUGUGUUUUCCAUUUCCCUUACAAGCCAUGCGUGACAGGUUUUCUCUGUAUAUGUAGAGCAAAUUUGUAAAGCUGUCAGCCAAAGAUAGAAGUUACACUAACACAGUUUUUCUCUUGGAUAUAUAACAGUGAAAAAAUAAAAAGCCCCCACCCCAUAAUAUUUAUUAUUGUAUACUCAAAUCAACAAAAUACAGUUAGUGUUGUAGUUGCUGGAUUUGUGAUUGUGUACACAAAUGAACUCUGUAAUAUUCCAGCUGCAACAAGAGCUUGCCGGCAUAUAAUUCUAAGCCCAUUUUUUGGGUACGAACGUAUCCGGCUGGCGGCUAAGCAUGAGAAACAAGCCUGACAUAGGCGAAAGCGCGUGACAGAUUCGCUGUCCAAUGCGCCACGACAUGGGUGCCCCUGCCCUUUGCCUUGUGCGCAAGACAAUAAAACUGUGUUCACAAAUCAGCAUCACCACGCCGUUCUGGGGAGGCGGGGAGAUUUUUCCGUACGAUAAUCCAACCCGAUUUUUUAUGCUGACAUCGGGAAAGUAUGGAUUGCAAAAAUGUCUGGGUCUGGAAACUUGUGACGCAAGUCAGUCAAUAUACAAAUGCACUGUAAUGCGCCGCCAAGCAUGACAAGUUGCUUCGUGCUUCUGUGCUGCAUAUUCCGCAUGAGAAACUGCGUUUUUGCACGACAGGCGAGAGAGGCUUUUUGUGGCCACGCAAUACAGAUUUAAGGGCCAUGCCAGAUCAGCAUGACAAAUCUCGCAAUCUUCCAGACCCAGACAUUUCUGCAUUUGAUAGACAGAGCUAUACGCGCUGUAUAAGGGCGGACACAUGGAAGAGGGCAAGGACUACGUGAAGUUGGGGGACGUAUCAAAUGUAAAAAUGUCUGGGUCUGGAAGAAUCCGAACCUGUGACGCUGCAUUUGGAUUCCAAAAAAAUCUGUAUUGCAUGUGAACCUGUACAAACGGGUACCCCUGACGGUCCGGGCCCUCUUAUACAAAAAAUGUACAUGAGUAAACACGAAAAGUGUACAAAGAAAGACUGAAAUUGUAGAAAAGAGAAUACGGACGGUCCUGUGCAACCGGGCACCUCCGAGCACGGAUUUGUAUAGAAAAUAGCGAAAAAAGAGAUGAGGUCAGGGCUGGAAGAUGUGAGUGGAUAGCGCGCGCGCGCGCGACUUGAUGUGAGUGGGAACGCGGGCGCUGCAGAGCAGGGCGGGGCAGUGAGGGCAAAAUAGCUUCAAAGAGGGGCAAGGGUAAUUAUCUAGGCGAGCGACGUGCUUGGCUAUGGCGGCGUCGUGCUCACAAAGGCCUGUAGAUUUAGUGGCGACGGGCCGGCGCAGUGGCAGUGCGCGGUGUUUAGAUAGUCGCCAUGCAGAGUUGGGUCCUGUACAAAAGGGACCGACCUGUUAAUCGCGGGGCCUCCGGAGUUUCCAGCCGGGCCUGUGUAUUUGGUAACCCUGUACGGUGCGAACGGGUACCUUUGGCGGCCCAUGCGUUUGUAUAAAAAAUGCAGACUUCGGCUGUUUUCCAAUAGCAUAAUUUGUUUGCAGGUGCCUGUUUGUACUGGGGGCCCCGUACAGUACGGGGGCUCCGUCCCCACUGAUACACAUGACCAGCAAAAGUAAUGCAAUUUUGGCUACGCGGAGAGGGCAUUUGUCAUGCGGAAUAGGAAUCACGAAGCCCUCAAAAAGUCUGUGAUGCUAGGGCAUGCAUCACAGACAUCAUGGCCCAUGCAAAACGUGCAUGCCAAAUCUCGCAAUCUUCCAGACCCAGACAUUUUUACAUUUGAUAGGACGUGCCAGCCGGUAGCGCCGGCGGGAAGAUGCUCUACUUGGACCAAGAGGCUUUGGCACAAAAGCAGCCUGUGCGACGCGUAUACAUCACCGGAGAAACAGACCGCGACGGUGCCACCGGCGCCUACCGGUGCCCGGCUUCGGAUGAAGCGUGUACGGACGCCCUCCGCAUCUGUGGGGCCCACCUGUACGCCCCAGCGAAGACGAUAACUGUCCUGCAACGCCAACUACCGCCCGUCCCAAUGGCGACACUUUUGGCGUCCUGGACGCGCGAUGAUUGGGUAGAGCAUAUUCAGGGCAUCACGGAGACACGGGUCACGCCGAAUUUGUUGUCUGCGCAGCAGAUAAGCACCUCGCACGGCGGUUACAAGGGCAGGCCGUUGACCUACGUGUCUGGAGCCUCAACAAAAUGGAAAAACCGGUGCUCGCACACGCACGGAAGGUCGGCUGAUAAUGCACUUCCCUGGUGGCGCGUCGAGUUUACCGAUGGCAGGCCGCAUUGGACCACGAAGCUGAAACUGUGGAAUCGAGACGGUUGUUGUCCGGAGCGACUCAACAAUGCGUAUGUGUUUCUGGAUCCGCCACUCACUUCAAACAACAACCACGAAAUUGGAAAACAGUAUGCCUUGCAAAUAUCGAUCUGGGUCUGGAACGUUGUAGCUUGUGAUGCUGUCUUCGGAUUCGAACAAAAUCUUUUAAUUAUUGGUAUUGCAUGUAGUUGACCAGUUUGUUCUACACGGAGAGGGCAUUUCUCAUGCAGACGAGUAGGCAUCAGGAAGCCCUCUGAAAAUCUGCGAUGCUAGGCGCUGCAUUACAGGCAUCAGGGCUCGUGCACCAAAAUACGCACGACAAUGCUGGCAAUCUUCCAGGCCCAGACAUAUUUGCAGUUGAUACUCAGCUAUAUGAGACGAUUCAGAGCAUCGAGUCUGUACCUGGUAAGGCCUCCGGAACCGGUCCAGAUAAUACCCAGCUUACGAGGGACGAGGACUUUUGGCCGCUCGGGAAUGUAGCGUCCGACGGUGGCAGACGACGCCGACGUGGAGGGAGACGACGGGGUAGCGGCGGAACCGAAAUCGAUAUCGCAAGAAAAAACCGUGCUCUGUAAACAUGUGAUGCAUAAAAUGGACCACAGAAGUAUUUGUCUUGCUACACGUGCAAGCAAGUGGAUUUUUAGCUGUGUUUUCCCUUAGGAGGCUUGCAUGGUAAAUUUUCUCUCUCAACAUGUAGAACGAGCUUGUCAUGCAGAACCUGCAAAAUCCUUACAGUGGAACACUUUUUUCGUCCGAUAAUCAUCCUGCCUCAGAAUCUACCAAAGCUGCCACUGAAGCGGAUCUACGUUGCCCAAAGGCUCGACGUGCGACGUCGCGGUGGUAUCCAGAAAAAAACAUCCAUGAUCCUCAUCCAUUUUCUGCAUGCAUGCUACAAAGCUCAUCCCGCAGCCGUCCCAGGAGCUCUUGUGACUGUCUCUCGGUAGAGAUCGCUUUGCCCGUGCUUAUUCCACUCAGAGUUUGCUGGGUAGGUGGCUACCGUUUUAAGUUUAUAAACGAAUGGGACGCCCUGCCCUUGGCCUUCCAACAUGACAAACACAGGAAAUUGCGCACGUUUUGCAUCACAACUUGGAUGGGGAUGGGUGUUUUUUCCUGGAUAGGUGGCGGACUCACCAUCUGCGGUUUCCACCUCUGGGAGAAAUCGGUAGAUCAGCCAGUGUAUCCUGUGCAAAAGUAUCGUACUCGUAGUAAUUGCAAUUAUGCAUUACAAAUCUCCAUCCCAAGGUAGAACAGCAUCACAAAUUUCAUUUGUCAUGCGAGCGUAUAUUUGUAAUGCAAUUACUACUAGUACGAUGCUUUUGCAAUUCAUACAGUGGAUGAAUAUCAGAUUCUAUCAUGAGAAAAAAGUGUUACAGUGACACACAUAGUCUAUGCAAGACCGGCAACACAGACAACCUUUCUCAUGCAAGAAAUGCUUGGGAGCCUCGUUUCCUUCCUGUUUUAUUCCCGUAUGAUCUUCGCAUUGCCACACAGAGAAAAUUUGUGAUGCAGAAACUCCAACAAAUGCGUAACUGUAACACUUUUUUCUCGUGAUAGACUCUGAAGCGUUAAAUUCUCAACUGUUAAUACCUUAUUUGUAGUUACUACAUGACUUUUUAUCAUGCAAAAGCAACACGAGCCGCCAGACGAGUCGCAUGACAAAAAAUUCUCGAACAAGGGGAAGGGCUACACAGCAUCGAAAUCUGUUCCAAAUUUAUGAUGCGAGAGUUGCAAGCCUGCCCCUUUCACUUACGUUGUCGUUGCCUCACAAUUUCAUGUAACAGCUGAAAAUAUAACAUUUGCGAGCACCAUAGUAGAAGCGAACUGCAUGCGGAGCAAAUCGAUACGGACAAGUGGAAUAGCGAAUGAAAAUAUGUCUGGGUCUGGAAACCUGUGAACUUGUUAUGCGUAGUUGCAUCUCGUUCUCGUCACAUCAAAAUAAAUCUGUCAUGCUUGGGCAGCAAAAGUGACUUUUUCUCUUGUCACCGAAAGAAGGCACAACUUUCCGUGCGGAUCAGGCACUGAGAAGCCGUAGUUGCAAGACCUGCGAUACCAGGUCCCUUGCGGGGCGCACUCUCUGGGUCAAGCAGACUGACACUGCAUCUUCAUCUUCUACUAGCAAAGCGCAGCAAUCAUUUUGAGUAGACCCAGACACUACAUUUGCAAUUCAUAUGGGACGGGAAAGCGACAAAUGCUUUAGCGUACCCGAUUGGCGGUUCCACCAAGUGGAAUAUCCAGGAAAAAACACAUCCCCAUCCAAUUUGUCAUGCAAAACAUGCAUGAAGUCCACUAUUUGUCAUGCAAAAAAUGGAUGGGGAUGGGUGUUUUUUCCUGGAUAUGGAAAAACCAAUGCACGCACACCCAUGGAAGAAAGGGUGAGAAACUCCCCUGGUGGUCUAUAACCUGCUCAGGUGUUACAGUCUCAAACGUUACAAUAGAGUCUGGCAUUUCUUGUGUUGCAUGAUGAGCAUGACAGACUCGCAGAGCGUCCCACCUUUUGCAAUACAAAUUUCACCAGAUUGUAGUGGGGGUUGGGGCUCCGGAACUUGUCAUGCGAAAUCCUAUGAGAGUUGGCUAGAUCAUGCGCUCUUGCGUCACAGAUUUCCAAACUCUAUUGUAACGUUUGAGAUUGUAACUACACCUGAGCGGGUUAUAUGGUCCGUCGAGUUCACCGAUGGAUCGACUCGCUUCGUUUCGCAAGUCCACCUCUAUUAUCAGCUGCAAAUCAUGUAGUGCCUGGGUCCUCUGGGAGUAGAUUGCGAGAUUUGUCACGCGGGUCCGGCAUUUGACAGACUCUGAACUCUGUACUGCGUGACCGCGAAGUAGAGUUCCCCUUCGAUCUGUCUAUCGAACUCAAAUCCGAGAACUCCUCAGAUGCGAGCUCACAUCCGAGAACUCCUCACUUAUGAACGCACAUCCAAGAGUUAGCAGGUCAGAAGAACGGCGCAGCAUAAUCUUACGCGGGAGACUUACAGCAAUGCGCUCUUUGGAUUUGUGUGUUGCGCCUCCAAUUGCCUCAUUUGGAGUUGCGGUUCAAACUUUCACACGCAGAGCGCGACGGUUCGCAAGUUUAGCCGAACCGGCGUAGCGAUUUUGUUUCUGGUUUUCUGACAUUGUGUGCCCAUCACAGGAUUCCUGGGAUAGGCACGCAACACUUUGGGGGGGCCAGAAAUAAAACUGCCGCGCCACUUCGGCUGUUCUUGCGAACUUUGGUGCCUUGCGCGUGACAGUUCGAUCCGCGUGUCCAAGCGCGGCGACUGCAGACGUAACACGCAAAGCCUGGGAGCGAAUUUCUGUGAGUCACCUGAAUAAAAUUGGUGCUCAGAUCGGUUUUGCUGGCCACGGCACAAAUGUUACGCAGGCAGCCUACAGAAAUUAGGUCCCAGGAUCCCACAUCCGAGAACUUCUCGGAUGGGGCUUCACAUCCGAGGAAUUCCCGGGCGUGAACUCACAUUCAGGAAUUCCUCGCGUGUCAGCUCACAUCCGAGAAGUUCUCGGAUGUGCGCUGACAUCCCAGGAGUUAGUAUUUGACGUGGCGAAAAUCCUUGGGAGCAAACUGCUGCAAGUCACCUGCGUAAGAUUUGUGGUCUGAUCAGCAAGACCUAUUGCAGCACAAACCCUACGCAGGUGAGUUACAGAUAUUAGCUCUCAGGAUUUCCGCCGCAUCACGAAACUCUUGACGCAGCGAAGAUCCUGGGAAAUAAUUUAUGUAAGCUACCUGCGUAAGAUUUGUCUUCUCGCUGGUAAUACCGAUCUGGGCACAAAUUUUAUGCAGGUGACUUACAGAAAUUAGUUCCCAGGAUUUACGUGCUGCGCCUCCAAUCGCCUCACUUGGACACGAGGAUCAUCAGUGUGUGCAAGUGUGGCGACUGGAGACACAGUACGCAAAUCGCAGGAGUGCAUUUCUUUGAGGCACGAAAGCCGAAGCUGUAGGCGCACGCGCUCUGCUGUGUUAUUAGGUAAGAAAACUCGCGCAGCAGCUUUUUCCUCCUGGCCUUCUAGAAGUGUGCUCCUGAACACAUGUGCAGAGCGAUCAGCUUUUUCUUCUAGGAAGAAGACGCAGCUUCUUCUAGAAGAAGAAGCAACUUCUUCUAGAAGAAGAAGCAACUUCUUCUAGAAGCUGCGUUUUCUAGAAGAAAGCAAAGCUGUGUCUUCUACAGGAAGACCAGCCUUCUAGAAGAAGACAAAACUUCGCGUCUUCUUCUAGAAGAGGACGCAGCUUCUUCUAGAAGAAGAAGCUGCGUUUUCUUCUAGAAAACUCAGCUUCUAGAAGAAAACUUCCGGAAAAAGUGUCCGGAAAAAAGUUUGCAAAGGGGUCUUGCAAAGGGUUUUGCAAACUACCUUAAUCACGAGGGUACAAAGGUUGCGCCAAAGGGGUCCACCAAAGUGUCUCGGAGAGGGGUUUCCGCGAGACCUUUUCAAGUUUUGAACUUCUUGACCCCUUUUAGAGUCUCAAAGAAAUUCAAUGGAUUUCUUUCAGAAUCUCAAAGGAUUUCUUUCAGAAUCUCAAAGGUCGGCAUUACCGAUCGAAAUGCAGAUCCUACGCGCGCCACUUACAGAAAUUAGUUCCCAGGAUCCCACAUCCGAGAAUUCCUCGGCGUCAAUGGCCCAAAUUCCCGCGGCGUUCGGUGUUUCGCAAGCAUACACCUUCGCAGACACGGCCGAUUUUCGGCGUUUGCCGUUUUUGCGCCGGGCCCCGAGGGUCCGGUCGCUAGCAAUGAGGGGCCAGCGCGCGCCUUCGUUGUGUAGCCGGCGCGCCUUUUGUGGCAGGCUGCGUGGCUUUUCGCUUUGUUUUUUUCGUUUCUUUUCCUACUUGGGUCCACUGUACUGCGUGGCCGCGAAGUAGAGUUCCUCUUCGAUCUGUCCUGCAAGAACGCAGUUUGUCAUGCGCCGGAGCACGCAACUCAGAACCAUGGAAAGAAAACUUGUCAACAUGCUGGGCAGCGCGUUACAGUGCGCUCACUAUUUUUCCGAUUCUUGCAUCAAAAGUUCCCAGACCCAGAUCGAUAUUCGCAUUUGAUAUCUUUAACCGGGACUCCUGCUGUCCGGACCGUCUGCACAACAGCCGCGUGUGGCUGGAUCCGCAACUCCGCGCCGAUCCGGCUGACAAACAAGAGGUAGGAAAAGAGCUGUGGAAGCUAACGAAAAACACACUGAUGCAGGAGGGCAGAGAUUACUUGCAGCUCGGCUCCGUAAAGGGUGCCAAAGGCGGUAUCACAGGAAAAAGUGUUUCACGUUAACGGAAUUUGUGAUGCAGCAAUGUUGCAUCACAAAACGUGCCAGAAUUUGUCAUGCAUAGCAUGCGUAUCUAUAAUUGGGCUACAAUUGAUAUUGAUGUGAUGCAGGAAUGCAAUCUGUGAAAACCGUUAAAAACGUUAAUGCUUUUUCUUGUGUGAUAGGCGGAGGGACAGUGCUACAACUGAACCGCAACGUGAAGUAUCAGAUGCAAAUAUGUCUGGGUCUGGAAGGUUGCAACUUGUGACGCUGCAUUUCGAUACUACUACAAAAGUCUGUGUUGCAUGAACAGCAGAUGAAGAGGUCCAGUGUUUGUCACGGCGAGAGGGCAUUUCUCAUGCGGUAUAGGCAACAUGAGGAAGCCCGCACAAUAAAAUCUGUGAUGCUAGGGCAUGCAUCACAGACGUCAACAGGGGUCAACAACAUGCAGACUGUGCAUGAAAAUAAACCUUGCAUCCUUCCAGACCCAGAAAUCUUUGCACCGGAUAUGAAAAAAAUAUAUAUUUCCCAACAGCUGCACGUGGGUCGCAGAUGGCGGCGUGGUGGAGGACUCACUAUCUGCGGCUUCCACAUGUACACGGCUGAUCCCCUGUACGAAGAAUACGGAAUCUGGGCCCCUUAUGGAAGUGGCAGGGUCGAAAUCGACAAAGUCGAAAAAUUUGCAUAUGCAUUAAAUGUCGGGAAAGUAGGGCCUGUGUUGGGGAGCAGGCAAAUGAGACCGAUUGCAAGCCUGUUUAAGGGAAGACGAUGCGCUGCCAGAGUGGCAUGACAGGAGCAGUCUUCUUUGCCCAAACAGCACGACGGACUCGAUUUUGGUGGCGCCGGAAUUUGUCACGCGCCACUUGGAGAGGACUGAGGCUCCAGCUGGUCGCAUCUUCGAUUGUAUGCCGCGUCUUCACAAAUCAUAAUCAUUUCGAUUCUAUUGAUUUCGAUCCUGACGCUUCCAUGCCCUUCACGUACCACCUAUGGCGUCCUCAAACGUUACAUUCUCAUCUGUUACAUGAAUUUGUAAUGCAAGAAUGGCGAACGUGAAAGGAAUGACCUCACGCGUCUUGCAUGACAGCUCUGACAAAGAUUCUAAGCCUGUUUGGCGUUUCGCGAAUUUGCCAUGCGAAGAAGCUCGGUUCUUGCGUCGGCUCUGAUCGUAGUUCUGCAUGCCAAAUUAUGUAACAGCUGAAAGUGUAACGAUUUGAGAACGCCAUACCACCGCCGCGCAUUGGCGCCAUGACCACCCGCAUGACUCCCGAUUGUCGCGAAACCGUCAAUAUGGAUUGCAAAAAUGUCUGGGUCUGGAAGAUUGCAACUUGUCAUGCUGUCUUUGAAUUCUAAAAAAAUGUGUAUUGCGUGACCAGCAACAGGACUCCAGUUUGUGUUAUGCGGGGAGGUCAUUUGUCAUGCGGAAUAGGCAUCAGGAAGCCUCCCAAAAAACUGUGAUGCUAGAUCAUACAUUACAUGCGUCAUGGAUCAUACAAAAUAUGCAUCACAAAUCCCAGAAUCGUCCAGACCCAGAUAUUUUUGCCUUUGAUAGUCAAAGCCCAGGUAUCCCAUUACAAAAACGAGCUCGAGGGCGGCUUCUUGGCCCUGCGGGGAAAGUGGUCACCGGCUGACCCGCCCCGUCCCUUCGUGUGGCAAGAUACCGAUCCGUGGGUGAUGUAUGGGCAGUGUGAAGGCCAGAAUAAAGAGCAACCGGUGGGCACUCUACCGAGCGGGACAUCGGGCCAGUUUGUGGAUCCCACACGCUUUGAAAUAUAUCCACCAGGAAAAAAGACCCAUCCACAUCCAACAUACAUGAAAUUCUGCGUCUGUCAUGCAAAAAAUGGAUGGGGAAGGGGAGGUUUUUUUUUCUGUGGAUAAACUAGGCGGUGACCUAGUGAACGGGGUGACGUCGAGCGGCCACGAUGGCUCUGGCUCGGAGGGUGAUGAUCCUACCUAUGCGCCGGUCAACGUGUUGUAUCGACAUAUGCCAAACAUGCUCUUCGACCUCGGGAACCAUGUCGACUGCAACAUGGGGGACUCCUCGUGCGAGCAGGCACGCUGUAUCAAAGAUGGCUGCAGCUUUUGCUUUCGGGCCGCUGCAGCCGCAGGAACAGCCACGUGGUGGAAGGCAGAAUUUGAUAGCCGGCACAUUACCGGCUUUGUGAUUUUCGGGCGGCAGAUCGGCAGUGACGUGGACGCGAACAUUAACUCCGCGGUGUACAAAUUAAGCGACAACCACAGCGGCACGUAUGAAAUGCAAAAGCAUCGUACUAGUAUAAACCGCAUGACAAAUCACCUCAGCAUGAGAAAUAGAAUUUGUAAUGCGGAUUCAACUUGAGAAAGAAAUUUGUAAUGCAUGAAUGCGCUGUGAGCCCCCAGGACCAGGCUGACUCAGUCCCGACCGAAGUGGUAGGCGCUAGGGUGAACUAUGUAUGUAGCGCUUAGGGCCCUUCCGUGCGGCCAUUUGUAUGUCCCGCAACGGGGUUCGCCUAUGUCGGUCAUUUAUAUGCAAGGCGAUGGGUUACCCGGUCGGCAGAGCCGAUCCACACGAACGAACGAACGACGAAUGCGAUCAGUACGACUGCGAUACUUUUGCACAGGAUAGCACGCUGCCCAGCCCAAUUUCCGUGUACGGAAGCUGGGUCCCGCUGGAGCGAAAAAUCUCCGUAUGGAAGCGUCAAAAUCGAAAUCAACAAAGUGGAUGAAGAAAUAGAAAAACUUGUACGUGCAUAAAAUGCAAGCCACUGCCACAAAAUGCCUGUCUUGCAGAGUAGGCAAGUGAGACAGGUCGUAAGCCUGUAGUUGAGGGGUAGAAAUGGAGCUGCUAAGGUAGCAUGACAAAAGGCGUCUUCCUUUCGCACACAGCAUGACAAACUGGAUUCAGGCUCUACCCAAAUUUGUCAUGCAGGCAGCACUUCUUGGAAACUGGGCACCAACUGGUAUCCAUUUUGAUAUGCGCAACAAAUGAUUUCAACUUUGUCGAUUUCGAUCCGGAAGCUUCCAUACUCCUCCAUCGAAAUUUCUCACUCCGACGGGAAGUCGUUCGGUAUGGUGUUCUCCAACGUUACAUUCUCAACUGUUACAUGAAUGUAGAAUUUGUGACGCAAGAACCGAAACAGUGGCACUGAGUGCAAGGGGCAAGCGUGCAACUCGCAUAGCAAACUCUGCACAGAUUUAGGUGCUGUCUAAGUAGCCCCUCGGGGAUUUGUCAUGCUCGGUAGCUUCAUCGUGUGGUGGCUCAUGGUAAUUUUGCAUGACAAAUCAUGUAACUACAGUCGAGAGCGAAACGCUUGAGAGUCCCAUAUUCGUCUUUUGUGGGUUUUGGCUGUUCGAACAGAGCACCGCCGCCCCGUCCGUGGGCAGCUUAUCCUGUGUGAAAACGUCCUCACCCGCGAGUUUUCAUGAAAAUCUGCAUGCCAAAAAAGUGUCUGGUGCGGAGCCCCAUGAGACGCAAUUUCUAGUCGUGCUGUGGAAUUUGUGAUGCUAGAAUCGGCAUGGUAUGCUAGAUCUGUGAUGCUGCUUUACUACCUACACGGGGCUACACUACCAGGGCAAACUUCUCAUGCGAAGCAACCGAAGCUUGCGGAUUUGUCUAGCAGAUUUGCCAUCUUGACUAUGGGGUGUUUAUGUACUGGAAAAGACCAAUUUAAAGCACAGAGAAGUUUUAAAUUUUCAAAAGGAAAAGAGGAGAGAACGAACUACGACGAGAAGAGAAGCAUAAUCUAUGUGGCCACUGUGUAUAUGAGGUAUCUAUUGCGAUGCGCGUGCUGGCAGGGGCUGGGGACUACUGCCCUCAGGGUCCCGCAGGCUCUGGCUGGGCUGCAGUUCUGACCUAGAACCUAGGCAGCCUAGUCUUGACUAUGGGGUGGGGACGUUUUUACUCAGGAUGCCGCUUCGUGCAUCCCUACCUGCAAAUGGAAGCCAGUAGUAGCGGCAAUUGGGAAGAUAAAGAAUUGCCCUACGUACCGGAGAUGCCUCUGGCGCGUAAGUUUCCCAAUGAACUCGUGAACGUGAAUCCUUUAUCAAAAGGAAAGAUCCCCCCUCCCCAUAUCAAAACGGAAUUUCUGAUGCUGGAUUUGUGUACGCAAAUUUGUAUUGCAGGAAAGCACUGCGGCCAGAUCCCCAGGCUAGGUAGGGGGGUAUGCGUCUAGUUGCCGAGCAUGGCAAACCGCUCCCCUUUAGGCCCAGCAGCAUGACUAACCGCCUCCAUAAUGGGGCGGAAGCUUCUGCCUUUGUCUUCUUGCAAAACUAAUGCGAUUUGCAGCCUCAAAUCAGGAACGCAAAUUUUUGGAAACGCGCCUUUUCAAUAUGGGGAGGGGGGAUUUUUCCGCUCAAUAUCCUUCUGCGAAUCGCUGCACUCGCAGAAGAGGGCACGGAAGGAGAAGGAGACGGAGCAAGGAGUGCCGUUUUCGGUGUCGGGCUGACUACCGAGCGAACAAGCAGGCCCCGGACAGCGAGCCCUAUGAGCGGUUGUACCAAACUGCGCCCUGGUCGUAUGACGGGCAAUAUUGCGACUACUGUUGGUGGGCCAACAAGGAAAGUGACGACAACAACUUCUGGUGGAAAGUCGAAUUCACGGAACGCCACAUCUCAGGUUUCGUCAUGUUCAGGCGAGACAUCGACCGUGGAGGCGGAAGCGACGAGCUCGCCCAGGGUGCCAGCUACACCAUAUCUGGGCCGUCGAUCACCGCCUCGGACGGAACAAACAGCAUUACUGUAGGGACCCUGCCAAGUUUCCUCUCGCCGUACGGGACUUGGGUGUCUUUGAGGGAGUAUGUGGAUCAAAAAAUUUCGGCGGUAACGUUGAGCAAAACAGGCGGAGCCUGGGGCUUUUGUGGCUUCCAUUUGUUUGAUAUCGGAGUGCACAACUCCCGCCCCUCCCCCUCAUUUGUGAAUGCAAAAUAAUCACUAUGUAUCUUCUGCAUGACUGAUUUAUUUGGAACAACAAGAACCUCAAAGACUACUACAAGCCGUGUGCAAAAGAUUUGUCAUGCGGGGCCCACGUGUCUGCCGCUUCCUGUGUUGCAGCUCACGCCCUGCUUCCGGUGAGGAGGGGGAGGAGGAGCAGUAGUUGUGCGCUCUGAUAUUUGAAGCAGUCGGCGAAGUCGGGCCCCAGGAAGCCGCCUUAUAUCAAACCAAAAAAGUUCUUCGCAACGAUCACUCAUCGGCGCUCUUUUAAUACAAAAAUCAUCUGAGUCAUGAUGCAUCAACAACAUGCAUCUCCUUCACAACCCUAAACAACUUCAUACGGGAUCAUUUGCCUUGUGUUUUUGCAAUUAUACUGUAACAAGUGAAGAUGGUGCCAGAAGUAGAUAUAAGAAUUUCAGAUGCAAUAAUGUUGAAACGACCUGCACAAUCAAUAUAAGAAAAUACAAGUAGUGGAGUGGGAGCGAUGAUAAACUUUUGUUCUUUCCAUACCUUCAGUCGCCUGACCACUACCCUGAUCACUACCCCGUUUGACGGGGAGCCCCAGACUUGCGCCGACCGCUGUCGCUCCACCGUUGGCUGCACGUCCUUUAGUGUUUUCAAAGGAAAAGCCAACGAGGAUGGCGUCGUGCCCGAAACUGAGUCCGUCUACCGUCACCCAGAUUCCAUCGAGUCACUCUUCGCACAAGACUCGGUCGAGAACUUGGAGCAGAUGCAGCGGACCUGCUGCAUGCUGUGGAGCAACCGCUACCCGGUCAGCGACCGGGUCCUGAACCGGAGCCCCGGUCCGUUAGCCAAUACAAGAACCUGGAAUUGGCAGUUUUUCGUGCUCCAACCGGCCCCUGGCACCGCGCAAACUCAGGUCCCCGCGGGCCAUCACGCGGUGAACCGCGAGAAGUAUGGGACUCCGAAACGUUACAUUCUCAACUGUUACAUGAUUUGUCAUGCAAAUUUACCAGCAAGAUGAAGAUCGCCACGAUGAAGCUGCCUCGCAUGACAAAUCUCCGAAGGGCAUAACAGCAUCUAAAUCUACGCCAAAUCUGUAAUGCAAAAGGCGCAAUCUUCCCCCUUUCACUUUUGCCGUUCUUGCAAUUCCAAUCCGUGUAACAGUUGAGAAUGUAACACUUGAGAACGCCAUAAGAAGGGCUUUCAGAUUGUGACUGCGGAACGCGCCGGUAUAGUGUACGCGAACAACGUAGACGAUCCUACGCUGUCGUCGGUCGCCUACGGCAGUAUCGCCACCAACCGUUACAUCGACGGACAUGCAGCGGCUCGCAAGAACGGGUGCUGGACCGAUUUGGAGAUGCCCGGGAAGCAGGAUCAGCACGGGCCUGUUGGGAUCUGGUGUUCCCGCCAACUGGGGGGCAGCCACAGGACGUGCGAAACCGGUCCAGAUGACAGCGCCUCUUGUGAUCAGGACCUGUCUUCUAGCAAGGCAGUAUUCUACUUCAUGGGGCUGCGUUCGCUACCGGACGCUCAUCACCUGCGCGUGGCGGCGCGCGUCCGUGGUCGGCCCCCGAGUGACGUGCCGGGCAGCGAGUACUACAAUCCGGAGGAAAACGAUGAUAGUGAGUUUCUGUGGGUCAAGGUGGAGGGGGCCAGGGCGCCGCCGAACUGGCGGACCGUGUCGAGGAACGCUUUCACCUAUGACACCCUCAGAAUGGAAAUCCUCAACGUGGAAAUAAUUUGUGAUGCAUGAAAUGCCACACCAAAAAGACUGUAUUGCAGAGAACGCAAUGGAGGCCGAUUAUUGUGCUUCUACGGGUUCAGAGUUGGGCUGCUGAGUAGCAUGAGAGAAGGGCACUCCUUUGCCUAACUAGCAUGACAGACACGUUUUGAGUGCCCGGGAAAUUUGUCAUGCGCCGACUAGAAGCGGUGCCUUAACUGGAGUCGUUUUUUUGCAUUACAAAUUACCAGCCAUGCUCCGGCUGCCGCCGGAGCGCAAGGCUGUUGGGCCGGGGCAAGACUGUUUGUUGAUUGGACCGCAACACCACGGGCCUGCGCAUAGCGAAACAUACUGGAGUCCUGCCGCCUGUUUGCGUUGCGCCAACCCGCAGGACCGCUUGCGCGCUUCCCGCGCCUGUGGGCGCUCUGCGCAGGGAGCAGCUGGAAAGAACACCGGGGGCGAACAGAAGCCGCCCGGCGCGAGAGGGUAGAGCGAGAGGGUGGCGCGAGAGGGUAGCGCGAGAGGGUUGCGCGAGAGGGUCGCGCAAGUGGGUGGCACGGAAGGACGCCGAGCAAAACAAGUCCGCGAAUGGCCUGCAGUGCGAAAUGUGGGCAGCACCAUGCGGAUCCGCGCCCAUUAAUUUCUUGCUGUUUUUACCCUCUCGCAGACCUCUCGCAGACCCUCUUUUUGACCUCUUUUGGGGGUCCCCGCUAUUAAUCCGGCUAUACUCGCCAGUAGAGGUCUACAAAGGUGGUCGAGAGGUGGCCCAGGGGGUGCGCGAGAGGAUUCCCCUUAUUCGCGCAACCUCUCUGCACCUCUGUCCACCUCUCGGCCGCCCUCUUUUCUACCUCUCGGCACCCUCCGAGGCGCUUAGCGGCCCUAAAGGCCGACCGGUUCGGCGGGCUAUACUCGCGCCACCUCUCGGCCACCCUCCCGAAUGACCUUCCGCGCCACCUCUCCACCUCUGUCGACCUCUUUUUUACCUCUUUUGACCUCUUUUGGACCUCCCUGCCACCUCUCGUUUUCCCUCUCUAGACCAGUACUUUCGCAUGAAUAUAAUAGAUAGUAAUUUUCACUUUGAGGAUUUCCAACCUGAGGCUUUCAUAUCACCGAGAAUGGCGCGGCGAGCGCGCAGCACGCGGCCGAAACUGCUACUUACGGGCUUGGGUACGUGAGUACCACCUUCGACCUGGUCGAUGCCGGCAACCCCACGGCCGGUAACGGACGCAUCUAUGAGCUAGCACUGGUCCCCGGGCAAGACGGCGUCGUCGUGCAGCGGGUGUUUCUGGACGUCGUCCGGGCAUCUAAAGCGUAUGUGCAACGCGCGCAACUUCGUGAUACGACGAACUGGAUCGAUGCAGACUGGAACUACGACUCUUGCCAGUCCGGCAAGCAAACGGAGGAACACAAAAAAGACAAGCGGACCACAAAACUCCCGGUUCUCUGCUGUGGGGACGAGGACUACAUCCGUGUAUGCAUUGCAACUGUGUCUGGGUCUGGAAGGUUGCAGCUUGUGAUGCGAUGUUUCGACCCACCUAAAAAGAUUUGUAUUGCAUGACGAGCAAGAGGGCAUUUGUGAUGCGGAAUAGGCAUGAUCAGGAAAUCUGUGAUGCUAGGCCCCGCAUUGAUUCCAGUAGACCUCAUGGGUCAUGGGAAACCUGUGUGACAAACUUUCUUUCUUCCAGAACCAGACAUAUUUGCAUUUGAUACCGUGGACCUGGAUACGAUAGCUGCAGGAUCGAAAUUAUCCGCAAAGUUGAAAUAGUUUGAUGCGAUGUAUAAAAUGCAUCGGCCUAUAGUGCCUGGCGUCUUGCGGGGAUGGCAAGGACUGGAGCCGAUCAUGAUUCUUGUAAGCCUCUUUUAUUGGGCCACCUGAGAUAGACAUAGAGCUCGAGCUGGUAAAAAAAUUAAGAUGACAAAAGCACUGGUCCUCUGUGGUGAGCAAAGAAGAACAAGAAGAAGGACAUGACAUAAUAAAUUGGGUCUCGAGGGUGCUGCAGCUGCCAAAGUGUUCCAUGCGUCCCCUUGAAGAUGAACUGGGCAGCUUCAUCAAUUGGUACUCUUCAUUCUUUUGUGUGGCACAUUCUUUCAACUUUGUCAAUUUGUUUCGACCCUGGCGCUUCCAUAUUGGAUACGCGCCUGCUGUGUCGACGGUUAAUUUUUACACCAAGACGGACGGGAAAAAGGUGGACUGCGUCGCCCCUCCCCACCCGCUCACGGGCAGAGUGUUCGACACUUGUCAGGCGGAUGGCCAGGGCGGGCUGUUCACCUUUGCGGAGGCCGUCAAGAUAUGCCAACACCUGAAUAAUCGCCGGCUGUGCUCGUCGGACGAGUUAGAAAAAAGCAAUGAAGGGGCGAAGGCAAACUCGGGCGAGAACCUCUGCGAGAAGUCGGGCAGCCAGUGUGACAACGCCUGCAUUUUUAUCCUAUGCAAAAACUAUAAUGUUGUCCCCAUCAGAUGAGGAUGACCUUGACCCCAUCCUCUCCUUUUCAUCUUCCCUAAAAUAGAUUUGAAGUAGUUUCUCUGUGCUUUAUUUUGGCCUACUUGCAGCUUCUCCAGUUGUACAUAAUAAACACCCCAUAGCCAUCAAGUUGGGGACUCGGCUACACAAGGCCGGCAAGUUUUGGCUCCUGGCGCGCAUGACACUUUCGGAUUCAUCGCCGUGUCAACGUCGCGCUUAGCUAAAUUGUAGCAAGCUGCAUCACAAAAAAUCGAUCCCCUGGUGCUCAUGCUGAUUCUACCAUGACAAAGUGCCAGACAGCAUGACAGAAUGAUCCUCAACAUGGGGUCCUCGCUCUGCAAGACAAACAUUUGAGGCUUGCAGAAUUGCAUGAAAAUUUUGUGUGGUCGUGGGGAGGUCGCUUAUUUUCCACAGGAUAAUUUGGACGGGCACGCACAUCGAGGACGUAUCCUGAGGAAAAACGUACCCACGCCAGAGUUGUAAUGCAGAUUUGCAAAGACAGGAAGACUUGUAAUGCGCAUCCCCAUGAGAGCCAUUUCCAGUCGUGUUUUGGAAUUUGUGAUGCUGUGAACAGGAUGAGCAGACGCAUCUGUGAUGCGGCUGCACUUGCUAACCUGCACUACACUGCAUUGCGCAACUUGUCAUGCGUGACGCACAAAGCUCCUAGGUUUGUGUUGCAAAAUCCUCAUCCUGACUCUGGCGUGGGUACGUUUUUACUCAGGAUAGGACGCCGACCAGACGUACUCGGAUGUCGACGAAACUUACGGCGGCGGUGCCGUGUUUCUGCGUUCUGGGGCGGUUCCGCGGUGCCACGACCCCGGCACGAAUAAAAGCUGUGGGCCACAGCUGCAGCAGUGUCUGGUGAUGUGCGGGGGCAGCAAGGGGACUUGUACCGGGUGCGAUGCUGCGGACGGCUCCGCCACCGGGGCGUGCUGUAAAGCCGACGACUUAGAUGACCCGCCGGAGUGCAAGCAGAUUCCGCUAAGCCAUUUUCAGAGGGACGGCCACGGCGAGCUUCUCGGAUACCACCACUGCGUCCUGAACACAGGUGGUGAUGCGCCUGGAAGUCUUCAAGCAGCCCAGCUUGGUCCACACGAUAGAAUGGGCCCACGGCAGAUGGAGUGCCCGCAUUCCUGCAAUACUUAUGACGACGUAGCAAAAGAGUACACAAAAGAAGGCUGGUGUCAAGGAUGUAACUCCAAAGAACCUAACGAAGAGACAGGCAACCCGUACUAUGGUGCUUGUUGCAAAAUAAACGACCCCAAUUCGUCCAAAGGCGAGUGCAAAAGCGCGCCCGCUGAACGGUUUUUCGGCGCAUCUGAAGACUACGCUGUGUGCGUGAUUCCACGUCAACUUCUUCAUCCUGGUAGCCCCGACGCUAGUACGAUUACAACUGUAACGACUUCUGCGCCGCUCCUGUUGCUGCAAGAAGACCAGGAGAGACAGCAGAUGCAGAAGGUAGCUGCGGAGGACCACCGGCGCAUGGCGCACCGAGAUCGUUCGGGCGCAAUGUUGUCGACAAGAAAAUCAGCGCUCUCUGUCUCGUAUCAAGAACUGCAAAUAUAGUGUCUGGGUCUGGAAGUAGAGUGCAAAGUUUGAUGUCAUGCAGAUUUUCCAUGACACAUCAGGUCUGGCGAGCAGGACGACCUAGCGUGACACAACAUUCUGUGAGGUCUCUACCGAGCCAAUCUUGCGUGUGAAGCUCCCUCUCAAGAACUUGGCCACAAGUGGAUUAUACCAGCUGUUGGUAGUCAUGCACCAUCACAGAUUUUAUUUUGCACGAUCCAGAUGUUGACUUAGCAUGACAAGUUGCAGCCUUCCACCAGACCGAGAGCACUACACGUUUGCGAUUGAUAUCUCAUCGUCUACGUCUUUGGCUGUUUUCUCGCGGGACACGACAAGCGCGCGCGCGGCGGGCCGUUCCUACGGCGAGGAAAACGUCCCCAUAAUAUCGAAAACGCCCCGUAAGUUAAGGAAAAUUUCUGUUCCUGAUUUAUGUAGAAUGCAAGUGGGAGGCAGAGGCUACAAGAGCGAAAGGAAGCACUGGACAGGCAAUAUGCAGCACGUGCGUGCGAGCCUCGCUACAGUAGCAGCGUCUAGCUAUAUCUUGUUGAACGGCUUGUAGUGUUGAUCUAGGAGUAGGACGAAGCUAAACAGACGUAGCAUACAUCACCUGCUCCAGUCCGUUUCUGCAUCAAGACAAAGCUGCUGAUCUGUGGCCCCAAGUCAGAGCAUCAGAAGUUGUAGUUCACCUUGAGUAGUAUUUGGAGGGGGGCGUUGGCGUUUCCUCUUCAUAGUCUCGUGGAGCUGCAACAACGACGAAACUCGGCAUCGGCAGCGUCGCGAUCAACGAGCGGCGCAUAUGAAUUGCAGAAGUAAUUAUAUCGCACUCGUAUAAAAAUAAAUGCAUUUACAAUUACAAAUUUCCACCUCAGCAUGAGAAAUUUGUAUAUGCGGAUUGACCUUAAAAAAAGAUUUGUAUAUGCAUGACUGCAAUACGACUGCGAUACUUUUGCACAGGGUAGCGCAGCCGCGACGUCAGCGAGAACUCUAGUGCAUCGGACGACCGCGACACGAGAGGGGCGGAGCAUGAGCAGGUUUGCACCGCAGCCGACUGGCAUCAUAGGCCGGUUCAUAGAUCCCACCGACGCGAGCGGAGGCAAAACCUUCGCUGUGAAGGCGAAGAGCACCUGGCAACUGAAGGGGCUGACGUACUCAUCCUCAGGAGACAUAGUAAACACCGGCGGGAAGACCUUAUGCAUUUGCAAAACAAGUUCAAGUAUCGUACUUUCUUAGUAUAAGUCGGAAAGUCAUUUUCAUACGAUUUAUACGUUCUUAUAACGUAUAAAUCGUACGAAAAUAAAUUUGUAUUUCCGAUGCCAUAAAAAAUGCAACUUGUGCACCAAAUGCGGAUCUACGUUAAAUAGGACUUUAUUUAGAGUGCAUGCGCAUGCCUACGGAUACGAUAAUUAUUACGAGUCGUGCGAUACUUUUGCAAUGCAUAGCACUGUCAAUGGCAUAAUCGUCGUCGCUGGUGGAAUCGUCGUCGCCGACGCACGGGGAAGGGCUGGUGGCAGUGGAAGGCGUGUUGGGAGUACUACCCGGAUUGGCCUCUGAAGCGAAAGUUUCCAAUAUCGCGAGGAAAAAUCCCACCUCCCCAUAUUGAAUGACGAGAUUCGUUUUCGAAAAUUUGUGUUGCUGAUUUGUGGCCACAAAUCAAAUCUGUCUUGCAACCAGGCAACUCCACAGGCUCCGCCGCACUAUGUUGGCGGUUUGUCACGCUGUUGGGCCUACAGCGCGGACGUUUUUCAUGCUAAGCGCCUAGGCCGCAACCUCUCUACUCAGGCAUAGUAUGCGCCUGCAGUCCUCUCCAGCAGCACAAAUCUGAUUUGUGUGCGCAAAGCCAGCGUCAGAAGCUUCGUUUUGAUAUGGGGAGGGGGCGGGAUUUUUCGUUUUGAUAUCCAAACGAGUUCACGGGCCUCGGCCUCCAGACCGGGGAAGCCUGCUGCAACCAGGGUUUUGAGAGCUACUGGGGUAACCCUGGUUAUUGCGAUCAAUGCUGGUUCUCCUCUUUCGAAAAGUCGGCGCAGUGGUGGGAAAUCGCAUUCCGAGACGGAAACCCGAGGAACGUGACCGGAUUCGUGAUCUUCGUUCGAGCCUGCCGCUCUGGUGACGGCAUUGAGACAUCGGUGCAAUUGUCAGACGUAUACCUCAACGGGGACGAAACCGAUAGCUCGCCCGCGUUUAAACUGGCAGCCGACAUCAGCGCAUACGGAACGUGGCACCCGAUCCCGCGGGACAAGAAAGAAGUUACGAAGAUCAGAAUCGUAAAAGACGAUCCGGAUUUGAAAGCCUAUAAUGACAGGAGGAGGCAUCGUCGGAGAGGUCUUACCGGAAGGAACGGCCUGUCGAUGGCCGGCUUCUGGUUGUUCGAAGAAGUAGCGUCCUACACGCCCCCCCUUGCCGAGGAACACUUCGAUAAGGUUGUGCCGGUGUGUAGUAACUGCGGGCCGAGGCAGCAUGAAUGUACAGACGUUUGCCCGGACCGAGGUUAUUGCAGUCAUUGCGAUGCAUAUGGAGAGAAAAAAGUUUGUCGCAGUCACUAAUUCGCAGGUUUUGCAUUACAAAAAAUUUUCUCAACACCACAAACUUUCCGUGUAUUGCAGAAACACUAGGGAAUAAAUCCCUAUAUGAAGUUUGGCUGUGAUGCAUUCUUACGCAUGACAAACAAUUUUGUAUAUGCAAAAAUGCGCAUGAGUGAUCGUGGCGAACUGUUUUUCUUAUUUGAUAAUGCAAUUGACUACCGACACCGAGGUGCCUGCUGCAUGAAGAACGUGAGAACGGACGGGGCCGCUUGUAACAAGGUGCCCCCUGAUAUCCAGGAAAAAAACUGUGUUAGUGUAACUUUCUUUGGUUGACAGCAUCACAAAUUUGCUCUACAUGACAGAGAAAACCUGUCAUGCGUGACUUGUAAGGGAAAACGCACACGAAUAGAGGACUUCGUGGCUGUCUGGCAUGACAGGUGUAACUCUGUUGCAUGUUCUGCAUCACAAGUUUACACUUACACAGUUUUUUUCUUGCAUACCUGAAGCCUUUAACCCGUCGCUGACAGCGGAGGCUGUCGACGAGGCGCCUUACUACGAGUGUGUUAUUGUUUAUUCAAAGAAAAAAGUGCUACUGUUCUUACACACUGUGUUGCAAAACACGCAAGACAGUCGGCCUCUGUCAUUCGCAAAACGCUUGCGAGUGGUCCCGUUUCGUGUGCUGUGUUUUGCCUAGUAGUAUAUGCAAUCUCUGCAUUAUAUAUCAUGCGAGGCAAAUACAAAUUUGUGAUGCUGAAUUCCCUACAUAAAUGUGUAAAAACUGUAACACUUUUUUCCUUGGAUAUUGUUCCCAAUUCCUAUGUGCGAGUCGGGGAGGGUGUGUGUGUGCCACCUGCGGGGGGCUACGCUCCGUGGCCCGUCGCCACCUUUGCUGUCGACGUGGACGAAAAAGCCGACUUCGUCGCCGGCCAUUGCGUCGCACUUUGCGACUCCUUUCCGAAAUAUCCUGAGUAAAAGCGUCCCCAUAUUACCAGAGUCAACUACAAGAUGGGAAAUCUGCUAGACAAAUCAGCCAACUUUGGCUGUUUCGCAUGACAAGUUCGUCCCCGUAGUGUAAUCCUGUUCAGCUAGUUCAGCAGCAUUGCAGAGCUAUCGAGUCAUGCUAUUUCUAGCAUCACAAAUCCCAAAACACGACUGAAAAAGCCUUCGCAUGGGGCUUCGCCUGAGAAACUUUUUUGGCAUGCAGAUUUGCAUGACAACUCUGGGGUGGGUGUGUUUUUACACAGAAUACGAAAUGCGUCGGGUUUGAGAAGUACAUCGUCACGGAUGGCAACAUAUCAAAUGUAAAAAUGUCUGGGUCUGGAAGAAUGCAACUUGUGAUGCUGCGUCUGCAUUUUUAUCCAAAAAUCUGUAUUGCAUGAACAGCAAAAGAGGGGGUGGCUUUGGGUACGGCGAGAGGGUAUUUCUCAUGCGGUAUAGGCAUCAGAAAGCCCUCGCAAGAUCUAUGAUGCUAGGGCAUGCAUCGCAGACACCAGGAGUCAUGCAAAAUGUGCAUGACAAACCUUGCAUCCUUCCAGACCCAGACAUAUUUGCAUUUCAUACAACACAGUCGGCGAGCACAUUUUCUCAGCUGGCGCGACCUGUACUCUGAUUGGGAUCGAGAUCGACUCCGAUGUUAUGGAAGCGUCAGGAUUGAAAUUGUCAAAGUUGAAAUAAUUUGUCAUGCAUAAAAUGCAUGACCCGAGGCACGUGCGUUGCAGAGCAGGCAAGUGAGGCCGACUGUGAGCCUGUUUGGGGUUACAGCUCGAGCUGCUAAAGUAGCAUGAGAAAAUCGCUCCUCUUCGGCUAAACAGCAUGACAAACUGGAUUUAGGGACCGCCGAAAUUUAUGUCAUGCGGCACUUGGAAACUGGGUUCCAACUGGCAUCCAUUUUAUGCAUGGCAAAUUGUUUCAACUUUGUCGAUUUCAACUCUGACACAUCCAUAGAUGUGGGGCCGAACGUAGUGGGGCCACACAGCGAUCACCAAGUGGAGGACCCCUACCACCAAGGUACCGAGUACUAUCUGCUCGACCGGCGCGUGAAAAACGACGAAGAAGGGGGUGACCCGCAGGACCGGCCCUACAACGAAGUUUAUCAGAAUGAAAAAUUCCCCCUCCCCAUAUCAAAACGAAGUUUCUGAUGCUGGAUAUGCGUACACAAAUCAGAUUUGUCCUGCUGGCGAGGACUGCAGACCCAUACUAAGCCUGAGGAGACAGGUUUUGGCCUUGGCGCUUUGCAUAACAGACGUCUACGCUGUAGGUGCAACAGCAUGACAAACCGCCUGCAGAAUGCGGCGGAGCCUGUGGAGUUGCCUUCGUGCAACAGCAACACAGAGACGAUUUGUGGUCACAAAUCAGCAGCGCAAAUUUUCGACAACUACGUGCCUUGUCAAUAUUGGGAGGGGGGAUUUUUCCUUGUGAUAAAGUUUCCGGCUCCUUCACGGGUGGAAUCAUUGACAUGGAGUGCUACCGAGACGACAGUCGGCACGGCCACCACGAAGAGGGGGUCACCAUUGACACGGCCAGCACAGCGGCUUCGCAAUCAACAUAGGUGGCCACUGAUGUCGUGGUCAUUGAGGUGGAACUCCGGACUAUCUUCAGUGUACACAGCUAGAACGAGAAGGUAGUUGUUACGGACUAGCUAGUGAACAAAAUGAUUGGCGUGGCAUCUUCACCAACAGAAGCAAGAGACCACACAUUGUUCUUGCUUCCAGAUUUAUUCGCAUGACACCGCGGUCAGCUUCAACAGCAGGGAUAUUUUGACUUAAGAAUGACAGGCGCCUCUAUGAUAUUUUUUUUCAAAUAAAUUGAAAUUUUACUUAAAAGCCUUAGCCUGGCGCAAGAUCUUGCCGAAUAGAUUAAGAACUUCGGCUACAACUUCAACAUCUGUGUCCUCGCCGAAGCAACUCUACCCACCCAGCUGGUCUUCCGAGAAGAGGAAUUGUUGCAAAAUAAAUAAGUGACUUAUUAUCGUUUUAUACAGAACAUCCAGAAGCUGCGAGGAAAAAAAACCUUCGCAGCUCGAAAUUCUUGUACCCGCCAAAAUGAAGAGUUUGUCGCUAUCAUGGACUUCAUGUACAUUUUUUAUUUCAAAGAAAGUAGUCGCACUGCUAAACUUUGUUAAAUUUUGCAGCAGUAAAAUAGAUAUGAGGGUCUCUUUUCAAAAAGCUCUGUCUGCUUUUGCUCAGAGUCCCGCUUAUUUUUUCCCCUAGUGGAGCUAGAAUAGAGCUAGAGCAGCAGUUAUUUUUCCUGUUGUCCAAAAUAGAAGUUGAGUUUUUUUUUUAGUGAAAUGUCUUCUGAUUUGAGAAGAUAUUCUGGAUUUGAGAUAUUCUUUUUUUAUUGGAUUUGAGAAGUCGUUCUCGUUGGGCGCAAGCGUGCUUAAUAAGUGGAGCCCAAUUGUGACUGAGAAACGAGGACCG